CGCCCUCGUCGUCCAUCUCGCCCAAACCCAGUCCCUGUAACUGCCCAUGGCUUCAGCAUCGCCCAAUCCCCGUCCCCUGAACUGCCCUCAUGGUUAACAUCACUCAAAGCCUUCCCCCCGCCCCGGGGUCGGCUUCAGCCAGUCCCUGUCCCUGACUCCGUUCCCGCCUUCCGCAUCACCCAAUCCCUAACCCCGCCCAGGAGCCAGUUUCAGCCAAUCGCUGCCCCUCACUUCGCGCCCCCCCCCGAGACGGUUCCAGGAGAGCGGCGCGGGACAGUGUGCUGUGGCGAUGGCGGGAAGCUUGGGGGUCCUGGAGCAGCUGAGGCAGCUGGAGCAGAGAGCCGAGCGGCAGGGAGUGGAGCAGGAGGAGGCCCUGCGGAGCGAAGGGAGUCUGGCACAACUGCAGGCUACCGUGCAGAAACUCCGAGUGCAGAGAGACCUGCUGAGGAGCAGAGUGACGGCGAAGUCGGCAGGGGACAUCCAGGAGGUCCUGGCUCAGUCGCAACAGCAGUCGGCACCCCAGUUCUGCAAGGAGGAGCUGGCCAGAAUGGCGCUGCAAGAGAAGCUGAAGAGUCUCCAGGCUCUUAAUCGCGCCUACCGCCUGACGGGGGUCAGUGCUGAGCCGACGGGCUCCAGCAUGUUCACCUUCGGCAUCAGCACGGCCUACGAGAGCACCUACUUGGAAUCCUAUUACCUGGACAUUCAGCUACAGCAUCCUCGCAGGGUCAUCCGCCACAACGUACCUGCCUUCAUCCCUGUGGAGCAAAUGGCUCGCACCUUUCUACAGGAAGACCUGGCACGCUUCCUUGAUGCACUGCACAAAGCCCUCAAUGCCUACGUGGGUAGGAGGUACCAGCUCGAACAGCUACAGGAACUGCACGCCUCCUACGUAAGGAACCCCAUUCAGAGAAAUGCAGCCUGCAAUUUGCUGAAGUUUCACUAUCCUGUCUGGUGUGGGGAGAGUGAGCAGAUGGUUCUGGUCAAGCUGAUUUACGAGGAUAUUACAAGUUGUCUUCCAACUGAGGUCACCAUCACCUGCCCUGGAGCGGCUGCAGAGUCCUUACAGGAGAAGCUGGAAGGUCAUCGGCAAAUGUUUUUGCACCAGCAUCUCCACCAUGCACUGGAAAGCAUAAAACCUCAGGAAGCAAUGGUCCUGUCAUGUGGCAGCCUUCAACAACGUAACACUCAGACAAUUGCAUCCACAGUGGGAGAUUGAGACCAUCGACACCACGGCCCACCCUGUGGGUGAGACCCCUCUGACACGACCACGCUAUGGGUGGGACCCCGCUCACACCGCAGCCCACGCUCUGGGUGGGACCCCGCUCACACCGCAGCCCACGCUCUGGGUGGGACCCCGCUCACACCAUGGCCCACGCUCUGGGUGGGACCCCGCUCACACCGUGGCCCACGCUCUGGGUGGGACCCCGCUCACACUGCGGCCCACGCUGUGUGUGGGACCCCACUCACAAUCACUCCGCGGCCCACGCUGUGUGUGGGACCCCACUCACAAUCACACCGCGGCCCACGCUGUGUGUGGGACCCCACUCACAAUCACACCGCGGCCCACGCUGUGGGUGGGACCCUCUGACACGGCCCACGCUGUGGGUGGGAGCCUGCUCACAAUCACACCGCAGCCCACGCUGUGGGUGGGACCCCUCUGACACGGCCCACGCUGUUGGUGGGACCCAGCUCACAAUCACACCACGGCCCACACUGUGGGUGGGACCCCUCUGACACGGCCCACGCUUUGGAUGGGACCCCGCUCACAAUCACACUGCAGCCCACGCUGUGGAUGGGACCCCACUCACAAUCACAACGCGGCCCACGCUCUCCGCUCACAAUCACACCGCAACCCACGCUGUGGGUGGGAUCCCUCUGACACGGCCCACGCUGUGGAUGGGACCCCGCUCACAAUCACACCACGGCCCACUCUCUCCGCUCACAAUCACACCGCGGCCCACGCUGUGCAUAAAUGAGUGACCACAUUAUCGAGGUGGGUGACCAGUGUUCAAAAGACCUCAAAAUGUGCAAAGCGAAAAGAAAAAAUAAUUAAUAAAUCAGCAUUAAAUAUCGAGAAUGUGAGAUGAUGAGUCCUUGAAAGUGAGACCAUAGGUUGUGGGAAUACUUCAGUAAAGGGUCAAGUGAAGUUGAGUGAAGUUAGAAACAUGGAAAACCUACAACACAAUACAGGCCCUUCGGCCCAAAAUGUUGUGCCGAACAUGUACUUAUUUUAGAAAUUACCUAGGGUUACCCAUAGCCCUCUAUUUUUUGAAGCUCGACGCAUACUUAUCCAAGAGUCUCUUAAAAGACCCUAUCGUAUCUGCCUCCACCAUCAUCGCCGGCAGCCCAUUCCACGCACUGACCACUCUCUGCGUAAAAAAAGCUUACCCUUGACAUCUCUGUACUGACUUCCAAGCACCUUAAAACUAUGCCCUCUCAUGCUAGCCAUUUCAGCCCUGGGAAAAAGCCUCUGACUAUCUACACGAUCAAUGCCUCUCAUCAUCUUAUACACCUCUAUCAGGUCACCUCUCAUCCUCUGUCGCUCUAAGGAGAAAAGGCCAAGCUCACUCGACCUAUUCUCAUAAAGCAUGCUCCCCAAUCCUUGUAAAUCUCCUCUGCACCUUUCUAUAGUUUCCACAUCCUUCCUGUACUGAGGCAACCAGAACUGAGCACAGUACUCCAAGUGGGGUCUGACCUGGGUCCUAUAUAGCUGUAUAGUUAACCCCUUUGGUUCACUAGCCUUGUGUUUGAGGGGUAAUAAUUGUUCCUGAACCUAGUGUUGUGAGUCCUGUGGCUCCCAUAGCAUCUCGCUGAUGGCAGCAGUGAGAUGAAAGCAUUGCCUGGGUGGUGAGGGUUUCUGAUGGUGGGGGCUGCGUUCCUGUGAUAAUACUCUGUGUCGAUGUGCUCAAUGGUGGUGACUGGGCCAUACCCACUACUCUUCGUAGGAUUUUCCAUUCAAGGGCGUUGGUGUUUUCAUACCAGGCAGAGAUACAGCCAGUCAGUAUACUCUCCACUACACAUGAAUAGGUUAAACAAAGUUAUAGAUGCAUGCCAAGUCUUUGCAAACUCCUGAGGAAGUAGAGGCGCAGUCAUGCUUUCUUUGUAAUUGCACUUACAUGCAGGGCCCAGGCCGUGUUCGCUGAAAUGGUAACACUGAGGAAUUUCAGGUUGCUGACCCUUUCCACCUCUGAUCUGGUUUCCUGCUCCUGAAGCCAAUAAUGAGCUCCUUGGUCUUGCUGCCAUUGAGCACCAUUCAACCAGAUUUUCAAUCUCUUUCUUAUAUGCUGAUUCAGCCUUCAACAGUGGUGUGAUCAGCAACGGUUUGGUGGCUCAGGUGCGGUUAGUGUGUGUUAGAUCCGUACUGAAGGCCAGGAGGGCGAGUAUAACAAGAGUAGAUCUGGGUACGGUCAGUGUUUUUGGGCUGUGCAGGCACGGUAAGUGUUGGUGUCAGACGCCUUAACUCAGCUGCAAAUGAAAGGAAGGUGGGGUCCAGUGGAGCGGCCAUUGUUGGAGUGUACCAGUGACAGAGUGGGAAGGCUUUGCCUAACAGGCAGAGGCACAGAUCAGAAGAGGUAAGCCUUUCCUUUUUAGUACAGAGAGUCAGGAUGGAAUGCUCCUGUCAGAUGUGGGAGUUCAGGAUACCUGACGGCUUCCCUGAUGUCUACGUCUGCAGUAAGUGCACCUAACUUCAGCACCUGCCUGACUGGGUCAAGGAGUUGGAUGUACUCAGGAUUAUUUGGGAGGCUGAAGAUAGAGGUGAGACUUUUGAGGAGUUUGUCACACGUAGAGUACAGCCUUCAGACAGUACAUGGGUGACCACCAAGAGAAGUCAGGGGAUUAGGAAAUCAGUGCAGGGUUCCCCUAUGGCCAUUAUCCUCAGCAACAAGGAUACCUCUUUGGGUACUGCUGGGAUGCAUAUUGGUACUAAUGGCAAAGGCAGAAAAUGGGAAGAGGCCCUAUGCAGUGAGUAUAUAGAGUUAGGAAAACAGCUGAAGAGAAUGACUUCCAGCAUUGUAAUCUCUGGCUCAGGGAUUGGUGUGGGAGAAGUAGUUUUGAAUUCAUGG